AUUCAGUCCUUGGUUAAAAUGGUUAACACCCACUGUUAUUUCGUUAUACCCCCAUGUAGAAAUGCAUCAGGUAGAGGCAGGAAAUAUUAACAUGGACAUAUUAUUUACCUAAAUUUGUCGUCUGUUAUCUGAUAAACGUCACAAAAUCUGUAAAACGCGGGAUGGCGAUGAGUCCCUUCGGCAUCCUUCUAUUAACCAGCUUGUUGAAUGAAUGGAAAUUGAGCAAAGGAGUGGAAAUUCUUACGUGUCCAUCCUCCAGUUCUAUCCAGAUUGGUUCAACUACCACAACCUUUCAAUUUGGGGAUGGGAGAACACCUUAUAAUACAGUCUUAUCAUGUACAUGGACAUUCACAGCAUCUGAUUCUUCUGCAAGUCUCGUCAUUGGGCAAAAUUUAAAAUGUGGGGAUGGCGACAGUCUAGGAAUAACCAACGUGAAACCAGGUGAUACGUUCAAAUCCAUUGAUUGCUGUUCUGACUGCACAAAACCCGCCGUAAUCACAGGAAAUACAGCAAGGAUCUCCUUCACUUCAGACUCGACUCAAAAGGCUGAGGACAUAGGAUUCUCUCUCGAAAUAUUUGCUGGGAUAGAAAAAUCGGAUUGUACAAAAGAUAACAAUACUUUCAAUAUCCAAAUUUCUUCUCCGUAUGUCAUCACCUCACCUAAUUUUCCAGGAUAUUAUCCAGCCAACAUGGAUUGCAAUUAUACGUUUACACCAGUUCCUCCGAGUCUAGGACUUGUCAUCUCCUUCCAGUUUAUCAACCUUGAUUACGAUAGAGGCUGUUAUGACCAGAUUAUCCUAAAAGAAGGUGACAUGAAUGGGAGCGAAAUUACUAAAAUAUGCCAGGGAUAUCCAGUUAAUUCUCCUGUUAUAUCUCCAAAUUUGACGUAUAGGACCUCGGGAGCAUUGUUUCUGGAAUUUAAAUCUGACAAUGACUAUCAAGCACGUGGGUUUAGAGCUAUUGUAAGUCAAGAUUCAACGUCAGGAAACACCGAGACCACACCGACAGUGGUCACUGAGUCAACAACAACUGCAAGUACCAUACAAUCAACUACUGUAUCAACAACAACCGAAAGAACCACUCAGUCAACAACGUUAGUAUCAGCUACUGCUACAACAACAGCCAGUGUAUUAACAACAUCCCAGAGAGCAACAGCAGAGAACACUUCACCAACACCAUCCGAAACGGAGACAACUUCAACAACCAGAGCCUUAGAAUCAACUACCACAAAGACAACACCAGCAUCUUCUCCUACAUCUCAAGUAGAAACAAUCGAGAACACAACAUUAACACAACAGGCAUCUUCGACGACAUUGGAUAGCACAGAUUUAACGCAGGAAUUGUCUUCAACGACAAUCGAAACCACAACUUCAAUGCAAAAAGCACCUUCAACAACACAAGCUAGUACAUCUUCCACUCAGCAUUUAUCAACUGUAGAAACAAUCGAAGGCACAACUUUAACGCAACAAGCAUCUCCGACGACAUUGGAUAGCACAGUUUUAACGCAGGAAUUGUCUUCAACGACAAUCGAAACCACAACUUCAAUGCAAAAAGCACCUUCAACAACACAAGCUAGUACAUCUUCCACUCAGCAUUUAUCAACUGUAGAAACAAUCGAAGGCACAACUUUAACGCAACAAGCAUCUCCGACGACAUUGGAUAGCACAGUUUUAACGCAGGAACUGUCUUCAACGACAAUCGAAACCACAACCUUAACGCAACAACCACCUUCAACAACACAAGAUAGUACGUCUUCCACUCAGCAUUUAUCAACUGUAGACUCUCCUACAACAUCUGAGACCACAACUUCAACGCAGCAAAUAUCUUUAUCAACAACAGAGGAUAUAACUUCAUCUCAACCGCAUGCAUCAACCUUAGUAAAAGAAAGCACAACUACACCUAGACAAUCGACAACAACUGUAGUAACUUUCACGGAUCUCAGUUACUUAGACAGACUGGGGUUUACUCCAACUACGUUUGCUGCAAUGACAACAGGGGUGUCUUUCCUCAUUUUAGUCACAAUAGGCAUAUUUGUUUUACUUUUGUAUACUAUACAUAGAAAAAACAAAUUUAAAAAUGAACCUCAAAAGAAAUAUCAAUGGGAUGAUACUUGUAAAAAGAAUAAUAGAAGAAAUGUGUACAGUUUAAGAACUUAUCCUACAGCAUUCCAAAAUCGCAAGCCAUUAUUUUAUUAUUACUGGUGAUACAAAAUGUUUGUAGGACUCUUAAGUCCAAUGGUAACGCCAAAGUCUGCUAGUCUGUGUAUAACCCCGAUGGUUUGACACGCCUAAGCCCGAAGUUGCAGGAAAACAAGUAACGUUUAUGACGUCAUAGUACUACUGCGCGGUAGGCGUUGGUACGUAAGAGAUCCCUUACUGCUCAAUGGCUGCGAGUGCCGAUUACAGGUCUAAAUUUGAAGCCCUUCACCAGCAUACAGUGAAGACUGUAAACAAUAUACAACAAGUCAAUCAAACAUGUCACGUCAGCACACAUUUCUCUGUGUAUAUUUCUACGCGUGAUUAUAUACGAAAAUGGUAUUCAAAACAGUAAGCUCAGAAGAAAAACUCAGCGAAUGUAAAUAUUGGACCUUAGCGUGUCACACCAUCGUACUUUAGCGCAUCGCCUCUCAUUGGAAACAAGCGAGACCAUCGAACUUUUAAUUCUUAGACAUGUAUACUAACAUUACAUUGUAGAUUUAUAAUUUUAUUAUCUUUUAAUAUUUAUAACUGCAUCAAAAACAUUUAGUAUUAUGGGAAUUUCUGUAAAUUGUCUUCAGCACAUUACUUGUAUAUGUAAAUCUUGUCAAUAAGAAUUGAAUCUUUUUUUUAUUAAACUAAAAUAUU